AUGUCUACUACCACAACCGAAACCGUCGUGACAUCGGCUCCAGAUGUCACUCAAACUCUUCAAGAUCCAACACAAUAUGACUUUGAUCACCUUCCAAAAUACACACAUCCCCCUGAGACCAAAGAAGAUCUUCCCUGGGCCGAGCUCGUGACACUAGACCUCUCAGACUUCAACAAUGAAGGUGGAAAAGAACGUCUCGCCAAACAACUUGAACAUGCUGUUCACCAUGUCGGUUUCUUCUAUGUCAAGAACUUUGGUCUCUCCCAAGAUCAAGUAGAUCGUCAAUUUACACUUGCCAAGAAUUUCUUUACUCUUCCCGUGGACGAGAAAGCCAAGUAUGAAGUUGACUAUGCAAACGCGGAUUACAACGGCUGGCGACGAAACAACCGUCAUCAAGUUGGAAAAGUUAAAGAUAAUAUCGAGAUCUACAACAUUCCCAAAUUCACCAAAGACUUUGAAGGCAAAUAUGCUCAACCUCCUCUCCUCCAAGCCCAUCUUCCCGAAAUCGAAGUCUUCUCCAAAGCUCUCCAUUCAAAUGUAGUUCUUCCCCUUCUCCGUCUCUUCGCCAUCAUUCUCCAACUCCCAGACGAAGAAUAUCUCGUCAACCAACACACCUACGACAAGAAAAGCGAAGACCAUUUCCGGUACAUGAUCUACCACAAGCGCACCCCCGAAGAACACGAAGCCAGCGGCUACGGCCAAACAGCCGGGCACACCGAUCUCGGCACCGUCACCCUCCUCUUCCGUCAACCGGUCGCCGGACUGCAAAUUCUCGGCGACGAUGGAAAAUGGACUUGGGUAUCCGCACAACCCGGCACCAUUACCGUCAACCUCGCAGACACAAUCUCGCAUCUCACAGGCGGCUGGCUCAAAUCGUCUAUUCAUCGAGUCGUGGCACCACCCAAGGAUCAGUGGGAGUAUGAGCGCACGGGACUAUUGUAUUUCGCGAGACCGCAUAAUGAUACGGUUUUGAAGCCGAUUUUGGAUUCGCCGGUUUUGAAAGACGCGGGUGUGAAACCGAGAUUUGAGAAGGAAAUUACGAUGGAGGAGUGGGUUAGAGCGAAGCAGAGAUUACAGUUGAAUCCGGAUAUUGCAAAGGGAUUGUAUCAGGAUGCGGAGGAUGGAACGAGGACGGUGGAGGUUAUUGGGGGGUUUAAGGAUAGGACUUAUAAAUGA